AUGGAGGUCAUCCCUGCUCUGCCCAGACCGCGGAUCAGCACCUCUCUGCCCAGGGCUGCACACUCACUUCCUCUGGUGGUGAAACAUCUACCAGCAUGUCAGUGCCGCUUUGCAGCAGAGAAACUCAGCACCUGCUCGUUAAACUGGAAAACACCGGGAUGGAACCCCUGGAGGAGCUGGAAGUCACCUCAGAAAUUCUCACCAGCAACAGAUGAUGUCACAGUACUUUUACUUGCUGUAAGUGAAAACAAAGAGCAAAUGGCAGAACUUCCAGCGAAGAAAGAGGCAAAUAUACCUGCAGUCGAUAAGCUGAAAAGAACCUUCAUGUUUGCUGUAAAUUAUGAAUCGCCACAUAUGGUCAGGUGUCUUCUUCAGCAAGGUUCUGAUGUCUUUUCUCAAGAUAUGUAUGGAUGCACUGCAGAAGAAUACACUCUUACUAGUGGUUUUAAUAUUAAUCGCCAACUGACUGCUGACUAUAAAGAAGAAGCGACACCUAAAACUCCUUCUCAAAAUAGCAACCCAGCGAGAGAUGAUUCCUUAAGCAGCCUUUGCAACAAACCUGAUGUUGAUGAUUCAUGGCCUUCAACAGAUGAUAAAGUCUCAGAUUUUGAUACCAAGAACAUCCUGAAACCAAGCUUAGCAAAGCGAAUUUAUGCAUCUCAGCAGUCCGGGAAAAACAAUAUGAUGUCAGCAUUGAAACUAGAAGAGCAAGAUACAGAAUCUCUCUGGGAUUCUGAGCAUCUUCUCCCAGGAGCACACUGACAGCUCUGUCAUCUUGCAUCUAACGCAUCCCCGGGAUGGGCCUCCAGGAAGAGGCCCUGCAGGCACCAUGGCAGGCUGGUCUUCUCUCUUCCACACUCCUCUAGCAGCUCCCCGUCCUUGGGCAUCAUGCAGUAGUGGCUGAAGUCCAGAACUUGAACUUGACUGGGAAAACCACGUCCAUUCCAAAAUG